AUGGUCGCCGAGUUGAAGGUCGAGGACAAGCCGGCUCCUCCGCCCGCGCCGGUCGAGGAGGAGGACGGCGACACCCCCGUCGCGGACGACAACGCGGACGACGCCAACUUCGACCCGAGGGAGCACCUCAACCUGGUUUUCAUCGGGCACGUCGACGCCGGCAAGUCCACAAUCGGCGGUCAGAUCCUCUUCCAGGCGGGCAUGGUGGACGACCGAACCAUCCAGAAGUACGAGGCGGAGGCGAAGGACAAGAACCGCGAGUCCUGGUACAUGGCGUACAUCAUGGACACCAACGAGGAGGAGAGGGCUAAGGGUAAGACGGUCGAAGUGGGCCGCGCGCACUUCGAGACGGAGAAGAAGAGGUACACCGUGCUGGACGCGCCUGGGCACAAGAACUACGUGCCCAACAUGAUCGCGGGCGCCGCGCAGGCGGACGUCGGCGUGCUGGUGAUCGCCGCGAGGAAGGGCGAGUUCGAGACCGGCUUCGAGAGGGGCGGCCAGACCCGCGAGCACGCGCAGCUCGCCAAGACCCUCGGAGUCACCAAGCUCAUCGUGCUGGUGAACAAGAUGGACGAUCCGACGGUGAAGUGGGACAAGGAGCGCUGGGACGAGAUCAACACCAAGCUCUCGCCCUUCCUCAAGACCUGCGGCUACCAACCCAAGGACGUCCAGUACGUGCCCAUCUCCGGCCUGUACGGCACCAACAUGAAGACCACCGUGGGCAAGGACGUGUGCCCGUGGUACGAGGGAAAGUCGUUCUUCGAGACUCUCGACAACCUCGAGCCGCUCGAGCGUAACCCCGACGCGCCGUUCCGCAUGCCCGUCCUCGACAAGCACAAGGACAUGGGCACGAUCGUGAUGGGCAAGACGGAGGCGGGAACCGUGCGCAGGGGCGAUAAGCUCAUAGUCAUGCCCAACAACAUCAAGGUCAAGGUUGCCACGGUGUACCGCGACGACGUCGAGGUGAGCAAGGUGCUGCCCGGCGAGAACGUCCGCCUCAGGCUGUCGGGCAUCGAGGAGGAGCAGCUCAUGUCCGGAUUCGUGCUGUGCGCGCCCUCCGCGCCCGUGCACGUCACGCAGGAGAUCGAGUGCCAGCUGGCGAUCCUCGAGCUCCUCGAGCACAAGUCGCUGUUCACUGCCGGGUACAAAGCCGUGAUUCACAUCCACGCCGUGACGGAGGAGUGCGAGGUGAUCAAGAUUGUGCACCAGAUCGACGGCAAGACCCGCAAGCCCAUGGAGAAGAAGAAGGGACAGGCGCUCUUCCUCAAGUCAGGUAGCCUCGCCGUGGUCAGGAUCAGGACCCAGGGGAUCAUCUGCUGCGAGAAGUUUGCGGAUGUGCCCCAGCUCGGCCGCUUCACCCUCCGCGACGAGGGUAAGACGGUCGCCAUCGGCAAGGUGCUCAAGCUCAAGCCCUACUCUAACCUUAACGACCAGUAAAUGCGAAAUUGGUUUACUGAGGAGUUUGUAACUACAUCUUACACGAGUUGCACG